GCUAGGAUUAACAAAAGCAUCGGGAUGCGACGUAUACUGGUCUGCUGCCUUGGCGAAAAAUAGGGCUUGCUUGCCAUGACCAACCGCGAAUGAAGCGCGCAAUAGGUUCGCUCUUUCACACAUUGCCCAAAUACAUUUAGUGCCUCUACAGCUUGGUGUGGAUUAGUGCUUCUGCCCGAAAGUAAAAGUUGCGACAGCCAUGGUGCGCCUGCAUGAGCUUAGCUUGGGCGAUACGUUUGAGGACCUAUUAGUUGAGAUAUGGCACCUGGAGGGAGUGGACGCGGUCUCCAAGCCACGCGACCCGGUCUAUAGCGCCAUCGUGCGCGACCCCACCGGCUAUUGCCGCCUCAUCUACCGCGCAAACAACAACUGCAAACCCAGCAGCGUCAAGCGCGGCAAGUUCUACCGCAUCUGCGGCCGCGUCAGCAGCCACAAAGGCCGCAUGCAGAUCCAGAUCGGCAGCUCCUGGGGCAGAGUGGAGAAGGUCAACGGAGAGGAAUUCACAUGCGGACUGCCGUACAGCCCAGCGACGGACCUCUCGGCGGUUGAGCGAUGGUACGGCACCCUUGUCGUACAUGCGUCGUCGUCCGCCGCCGCCGGCGCUGCUGCUGGCGGAGCUUCCGGCCGUCGUCGACUGCGUGCGUACAUCUUGCCGACGGCGACGGCGGCAGCGGCGGGUAGCGGCAGCGGCUUGCUGACGUCAGCUCCGGUCCCUUGCACGACAGCGGGAUACGUGGAGACGGAACGCGCCGUUGCCAGCAGGGCCCUGAAGGAGGUGCUCCGGGCAGCUCCCGAUGCCGUACGCAUCCUGCCGCUGCCGCCCGUACUGCACCACGACCCCAAGGCAGCCCGGGCAGCCGACGGCGCGCUCGCGGUGUGGCACAUCUUUGCGGGGGUGCUCUGCGUGCCUGAUGAGGACCUCAAGUUUGCGUUUGGGGAGCCGCGCGGCGGCGUCUGGGUGGAUUUGGACGAGCUGACGGCGCUGUCAGCAGCCUCCGCUUCCGCCGCCGCUGGCGGUGUCGGCGUCGGCAGCGGUGCUAAGGGGUUGCCGGAGGCGUGGCGGGCUCCGCUGGCCCAGCUGGUGUCGAUGUUGCGCUCGGCGCAUGCAGCAGGACUCGUGGACCUGCAGCUGGGGCCGGCUGGGGAGGCCGCGACGGCGCAGGUAGCGAGUGCGGAGGCGGCGGCCGAGGCGACGGCAGCGGUGUCAGCGCCUUUGAAGGACGAGCAGAACGUACCGGCGAAGACGGUGGACGAGCAGCAACAGCAGCAGCAACAGCAGCAGCAACAGCAGCAGCCUGCUGUGCCGGCCGCUGCUGUGCCGGCGGAGGCGGCGGAAGUUACCAUGACGGCUGCGACGGCACCAGCAGCAGCAGCAGCGGCAGCCGCCGACACGGAAAAACCCAAAACCGAAGCGGCGGCGGCGGCGGCGCCGCAGCGGCGUCUGCCCGUGACGCUGCUCUCCGGCUUCCUGGGCGCCGGCAAGACCACGCUGCUUCGUCACAUCCUCACCACCCGCGAGCCGGGGUUCCGUUGUGCGGUGGUUGUUAACGACAUGGCGGAACUCAACAUCGAUGCAGCGCUCGUCGCUAACCACCGUCCCAGCUUGAAACCUGCCGCCGCUGCUGGCGGUGCAGCCGCCGGCAAGGCUGCGGCCACAGCAGCAACAGCGGCGCCGGAUCGGUUAGUAGAGAUGCACAACGGUUGCAUUUGCUGCACGCUGCGGGGUGACCUGGUGGCGCAGAUUGCGGAUAUCGCGGCGGACGGGCGGUUUGAUUACUGCGUGGUGGAGAGCACGGGCAUCGGAGAACCUAUGCAGGUGGCCGAGACGUUCGAAUUUCCGUUGGACGGGUCCGACCCAGCAGCGGCGGCGGCUCUGCAAGCGGCGGCGACGGCGAUGGCGGCGGCGGCCAGCGGCGGCGGAAGCAACUCUGCCGUACAAGAGCAGUUGCCUCGGCGGUUGGCUGACGUGGCUCGACUCGACACGUGCGUUACGGUGGUGGAUGCCUCCAACCUCAUGGAGAACCUCCAUAGCCUGGAGACGUUGAAGGACCGCCAGGAGUCGGAGCGCGUGCGGAAUCACGGCGGAGGCCACCGGGAGGGGCCGGCGGUGCGAGCCCGGGAGGCUGCUGCUGCCUCCGCCUCCGCCGCUAAGCACCAGCAGCAGCAGCAGCACACGCACGACCAUGCUGACGGCUGUGGGGAUCACGACGAGCAGCACCACCACCAUCACGAGGGGGUUCACGAGGAGGAGGGCGAUGAGGAGGAGGCGGAUGAGGACGAGCUGGAGCGCAACGUGGCCGACCUGCUGCUGGACCAGCUGGAGUUCGCGGAUGUCAUCUUGCUCAACAAGGUGGACACCGUCCCCCCCGCGCAGCUGCCCCGCCUGCAGGCGCUCGUGUCCGCCAUCAACCCCACCGCCCGCCUGCUGCCCACCUGCCACUCGCGGGUGGCGCUGGCAGAGGUGCUCAACACGGGGCGCUUCAGCCUGGAGCGAGCGAGGGAGGGCGCGGGCUGGCUCAAGGCCAUCCGCGAGGGCAAGGAUCUGGUUCCAGAGACCGCCGAGUACGGCAUCUCGUCCUUUGUGUGGCGAUCUCGCCGGCCCUUUCACCCCGCUCGUCUCCAUGCGUUCAUGGAGUCGUACUUUGUACUGCAGCAGCCGGACUGGUCCCUGGCAGAUGGAGGCGCCGACAGCGGCGGAGGCCGGGAAAGCGAUGCGGAGCAGCAGGCAGCGGCGACGGCGGCGGCAGCGGAAGCGCUGCCGUCGACGGUUGGUAGUGACGUCGCGGCGGCAGCGGCGGCGGCGCAGCACGCGGCUGCAGCGCUGACGGCGGCUUUUUGCGGCGGCGGAG